CCUGGUGCCGCUGCGAGUGCUACAGCAGGACACUUCGCUCGGCACAAUUUGGAGACUUUCGUCUUCUUUCCUCCAUCUCUUUUUUGCCUAUUUUUCCACUCGCAUCUCACACUAAGAUCAUGGCCGAGCGCAAGCGGAACUGGGACAAGGAGGAUGACCUGCCGGUUUAUCUCGCCCGACCGGGAACGACGGACCAGGUACCCCGGCAAAAAUACGGUGGCAUGUUCUGCAACGUCGAGGGAGCCUAUGAAAGCAAGACCAUCGAUUUCGAUGCGCUGAGCGUCGGCCAGCGAAGUUCCCGGGCCGCCAAAGCCGCAGAUAAAAAGGAGGGAUCCAAAGAAGGGACGAGUCCAGAUAGUGAGAGAUGCAGCCCCGGUACAGAGGGGCGCUCUGGGGAGCGUCAGCCGAGGGAUUCGGGCAUCGAAAUAAAAACUACCGGAGGAAAGGAAAUCCUGCAGAAUCUGGAUGACCUAAAUAGCGACAGGCUGCUGAUCAAGGGCGGCAGGAUCGUGAACGAUGACCAGUCCUUUUACGCCGACAUUUACAUGGAGGACGGCCUCAUUAAGCAACUUGGAGACAACCUGAUCGUCCCAGGAGGGGUGAAGACUAUCGAGGCCAAUGGGAAGAUGGUCAUUCCUGGGGGGAUAGACAUCCACACACACUUCCAGAUGCCCUACAGGGGCACCACCACCGUGGAUGACUUCUCCCAGGGUUCCAAGGCGGCUCUGGCGGGAGGGACCACCAUGAUUGUGGAUCAUGUGAUCCCCGAUCCAGGCAGCAGCCUGAUCGAAGCCUUCGAGCAGUGGAAGCAGUGGGCAGAUGAGAAGGCCUGCUGUGAUUACUCGCUGCACGUGGACAUCACCCACUGGAAUGAUAGCGUCAAGCAGGAGGUGGAGACCUUGCUCAAGGAGAAAGGAGUGAACUCCUUCCAGGUCUAUAUGGCAUACAAGGACCUCUACCAGAUGAGCAACAGCGAGCUGUACGAGGUCUUCAGCUUCCUGGGGGAGAUGGGCGGCGUCGUGCAGGUCCACGCCGAGAACGGCGAGAUCAUCGCGGAGGAACAAGCCCGCAUGCUGCAGAUGGGCAUCACCGGCCCGGAAGGUCACGUGCUGAGCAGGCCGGAAGAGCUGGAGGCCGAGGCCGUGUUCCGGGCAAUCACCAUCGCCAGCCAGACCAGCUGCCCCCUGUACGUCACCAAGGUGAUGAGCAAGAGUGCCGCUGACAUCAUAUCCCAGGCCCGGAAGAAAGGUAAUGUCGUUUUCGGCGAGCCAAUCAGUGCCAGCCUUGGGACAGACGGGACGCAUUACUGGAGCAAGAACUGGGCGAAGGCCGCUUCCUUCGUGACAUCGCCUCCCCUCAGCCCGGACCCCACUACCCCCGACUACCUGAACACCUUGCUAGCCAGCGGUGACCUGACUGUGACAGGAAGCGCCCACUGCACCUUCAGUGUGGCCCAGAAGGCUAUUGGCAAGGACGACUUCACCCAGAUCCCCGAGGGCAUUAACGGUGUGGAGGAGCGGAUGGCGCUCAUCUGGGACAAGGCGGUGGUCACAGGCAAGAUGGACGAGAACACAUUUGUCGCCGUGACGAGCACCAAUGCCGCCAAGAUCCUGAACCUGUAUCCCCGGAAGGGUCGGAUAGCCGUGGGCUCUGACAGCGACCUGGUCAUCUGGGAUGCCGACGCCGUCCGGACCAUCACGGCCAAGACACACAACUCGGCCGCCGAGUACAAUGUGUUUGAGGGCAUGGAGUUCCGCGGCGGCCCCCUAGUGGUCAUCUGCCAGGGCAAGAUCGUCCUGGAGGAUGGGAAUCUGCACGUCACGUCGGGCACCGGCCGCUUCAUUCCCUGCUCUCCCUUCCCCGACUUUGCUUACAAGCGGAUCAAGGCCAGGAAACAGCUGGCGGUUCUGAGGCCCGUGCCCAGGGGAAUGUAUGAUGGGCCGGUGUCCGAGUUCUCACCCAUGUCCCGGGGGGGCACCCCGUCGGCCUCUGCCCGCACCUCCCCCACCAAGCAGACACCGCCUGUACGGAACCUGCACCACUCUGGAUUCAGUUUAGCAGGUAACCCUGCACAACGCGGUGCUCCAACCACAGAGGAAACUCCAAUCCGGCCAGCGGGCCGGCGUAUUGUAGUGCCCCCUGGUGGUCGCUCCAACAUCACAUCUCUGAGCUAAAGAAUUAGAGGCCCUGACGAAGGAGAUAUAAUUGGUUAAAGUUCAAGUCAAGCUAAACACUGAAUCCUCAUGCCUUACCGAUCACGAUCGCUACCUGCUAUAGCUUUAAGAGGAUAGUAUUCCUUCUCCUCAGAAAGCCUUGGAUCGCCAACAGAGAAAGUAAAAACCAUUAAAGUGAAAAAAAAUGCAGAGGAACAGGCUGAAGAAUUACACUUAUCAGAUCCCGAGACACAGACACAGAAACAGCUAGCUUUUCCACACAUCGUUUUUAGCGGUAACUAUUAACCUGAGGAACAGAUAAUGUCAUGUUACAGAAUCAAUAAAGUAUCUAUCUAUCUAGAUAGUCUCCAUUGAUUGGUCAUCAUGUAGCAUUAAAAUUCACUCAUUCCCAAUACAUGUAUCUUUAAAUUACAGUUCCAAAUCCAUUUUAUGUAAGCUUCAUACAAUUCUGUUCUAAAUAUAAUUUGAAGUUUAUCCCACUCUUUGUAUAUUGCAUAAACCCAUAAUUCUGUAUGUUUAAAUACAUCUUCAUUUCCAUUUUAAUUAGCGGCUUACUUCAGCUAUUUAGAGUACAGUAACAAGUGGUUAUAAAAUUGCUUUUUUUGCGUGAUGUGAGCACAAUAUUCCUUCAUAACGCAAUUCCCUAUAACGGUGCUUCAAAAAUAAAGGAUCUACCGCUGAAUACCUUUCCACAGAAAUUCACUCGCUUUCUCUUUUGCCUGCUCUCUAGGAAAAGGAAUACUGCCCGUUUCAGAAUGUUGCUUUUUCCUUUUUUUAUUUUAUUUUUUUUUUUUUUCCCUUUUUAACGUUACUUUCACCCGCGCAGUAGAGUUACGCAGUUCCAUAAAUCGCCUCAUAGGUGGCAGUGUGAGUUCUGGUAGAUGUCCUGUAGCUUUGUGAAUGGUGCAGUUGCUGUAUCCUUCGGUUAUUGAACCAGGAAUAUUUGAUAGCGUGAAAAAUAAAAAAAAAUAAAAAAAGAAAUUGAAAGAAAAACAUGUAUCUGGUACGCAGAUUUUGUAAACACGCAAGAACUCGUUCGGUAGAAAAGGGCCACAUUUUUACCCUUCCUCCUGAGCGCUUUGUCCUGGCUGUUCGUUUUAACUGUCAUUUGCAUUCGCUUGUCAAUCUGCAGCUUUUUUGCCUGUCCUAAUUACACAUUUAGCGGAUAAUUUGGGGGAAAAAAAAUAACAUGGGUUUCAGAAGAGAAAGUAGAACAUAGUAAGACAUAGCUUAAUUUGCCUGCAAAGAUAACUCUGGCCAAGCGUUUGGUAUUAAGAAAAGAUGAAGACCCACACUAAGUGGAACAACCUGCUUCGGAAUAACAACGUUAACCUGCGGCCAUUUUGAUUUUUGUUCCGUUGCCAACAUGGGCAGUCAGCUUCUGUCACUUCCCAUAAAACUCCCAUCCCUGAUGGAAAAGUUAUUGGCUGGGAAAUGCAGACGUCGAUCCAAAAUUAUCCGGUGGAUUUUUUCCCCAGCAAUGGGCGUUUAAUUUAGUUCGGGCUUCUGGGACCCAGGUGUGCUGAGGUCAGACUCUGGUGUGGCUGAGCGAGGCCAGUGGAUGUCCUAUCCCCAGCAGGGGGCGCUCUGGGAUCCUGGGAAUAUGCUCCGGCCACCUUAGCUCAUGCCUCCAUGCUAGUCGAUCAGCUCCUCGGGCACGAGCCGCGCUCCACUUGGCUCUCUUUCCCUGAGUCGACCUCUGCUGUCAGAACUUUUACACCAAUGAGUCCAUGGAGACGAACAGACAAGGUUAGGAGAAGCUUUAUUUUUGGCAACAGGCAACGUGGGAAAGACUGUCUGAUUCAACAUACAGUCUGGAUGUUUCUAAUCUGUGUGUCACACCAGGAGAGAAGUCAGUCAGGAUUUUGUAAGCGUUUGCGCUGCAGUCAUGGGAGGAAGGUUCUCCAAACCCAAAGGAUGUUCUUUUGUUUGUUUGUUGUUUUUUUUCUUUACAGUAUUAAUCAAUUUUGCAGUAGUAAGAGCAUAGGAGCUACAAUCACUGAAUGAUGUGAGAAAGAAAACAAACAGUCGGUUUUUAAUAUUUAUGUUACUUUGACUGUUUUGGUUUUUUUUUUAAUGUUCUUUUUUACUGUUGUAUCAAGAACCCAGUAAAAGCAGGUAAAAAAAAAAAAACAAUGACGUGAUUUGUGGUUGUACGAAUUUUUUCCGAAAUAAACGAGUUGCAAUCUAAA